AUGUCAAUCUCUCUUCUUUCCAACACAUACAAUCGGCAAAAUUGGGAAGAUUCGGAGUUUCCAAUUUUAUGUCAAACAUGUCUUGGCGAUAAUCCUUACAUUCGAAUGAUGAAAGAACGAUACGGGCAAGAGUGUAAGAUAUGUAAUCGUCCAUUUACGAUCUUUCGUUGGUGCCCGGGUGCUCGUAUGCGUUUCAAAAAGACAGAAAUCUGUCAAACGUGCAGUAAAGUGAAAAAUGUUUGUCAAACAUGUUUACUCGAUCUUGAAUACGGUUUACCUGUUCAAGUUCGUGAUGAAGCUUUACAAAUCACUGACAGUGUUCCAAAAUCGCACGUGAAUAAAGAGUACUUCACACAAAAUGUUGAAGGAGAGAUGGCACUUGAUCAACAACCCCAACCAUAUGGCCAAUUAGCUAAAGCUCAACCACCAAGUGAUGUUCUGAUGAAAUUGGCACGAUCAGCACCGUACUACAAACGUAAUCAACCUCAUAUUUGCUCGUUUUACGUCAAAGGUGAAUGUAAACGAGGUGAAGAAUGUCCAUAUCGACAUGAAAAACCAUCGGAUCCUGACGAUCCUCUAUCGACUCAAAAUAUUCGCGAUCGUUUCUACGGUAUCAACGAUCCUGUCGCUGAGAAACUGUUGUCGCGUUAUAAAGAAGCACCACAACUGGAAGCACCAGAAGAUAAAACUGUUACUACACUUUAUAUUGGAAAUGUUAUCGAUAUCGAUGAACAGCAACUUCGAGAUCACUUUUAUCAAUAUGGAGAAAUUCGCUCGGUCACUGUUGUACCGAAGCAAUCAUGCGCUUUUGUUCAAUUUACACAACGAGACGCAGCUGAACGAGCAGCAAAAGAAACAUUUAAUAAAUUAGUCAUUGACGGCAAACGGUUAUCCGUUAAAUGGGGUAAACCACCAUCAGCACAAGCUAGUAGUGGACGUGCAGGUGAAGCAGGUGGAUAUGAAAGCAAUUACGAGCUUGUACCGGGCCUUCCAUCAGUUGUCCCCAUGCCAUCAAGUGAAUCGAAAACGGAUUUCUUUGGCCUAUCAUCGUCAUCAAACAUGGCAGCGUCGACAGCCUCAAAUACAUUUCUUCCCCCACCACCAAUGCCACCUCCAGAUCUAGGCGACUAUACAUCGUCGUUAUCUUAUGGUCAUAUGCCACCUCCAUUAUCAUUGCGUACGUCUAGUAUACAUUAUCCAUCGCAAGACCCAUCGCGUGUUGGUUCAACAGCAUCACAUGGAAAGGCCAAUGAAUAG